AUGAAGAUGUUGUCAGUCCUCGUCUGCUGUGUGCUACUGGCAGUGGUGAGGUGUGAGGUGCAGUACCAGCACCCAGAGGAGUGGGAUCUGUGGAAGACGGAGCACGGGAAGAGCUACGAGUCCCAGAGAGAGGAGCUGGAGAGACAUCUCGUGUGGCUCUCCAACAGAGAAUACAUCAACGCACACAAUGCAAACUCUGACAUUUUCGGAUUCACACUCUCCAUGAACCACUUUGGAGACAUUAGCGAUACAGAGUUCAGAGAGCACUACUUGACCUACGAACCAGUCGGCCAGCACAACAGCAGUAAAGUGUUCGACCCAACUCCCUACAGCAGUACUCUCCCUGAGUACGUAGACUGGAGGACAAUGAGGGCUGUAACUCCUGUCAAACGACAGGGUCAGUGUGGAUCUAGCUAUGCCUUUGCUACCACUGGAGCGAUCGAGGGAGCCUGGGCUCUGGCUAAUGGUGUGCUGCAGCCUCUCAGUGAGCAGAAUAUCAUUGACUGCUCAGUUGUGUAUGGUAACCACGGCUGCAAGGGAGGCAACAUGUACAACUCCUACCAGUACAUCGUUGCCAACGACGGAAUCGAUACUGCCAAUGCCUACGGCUACAUAGAACAGCAAUCAUACUGCAAGUACACUACUGGAGGUCUUGGGGCAGAGAUCACAGGAUUCAUCCAGAUAGCCAGUGGGAACGAGCAAGAUCUCCAGACUGCCGUGGCUUACGUCGGACCCAUCGCUACAGCCGUUGAUGCCAGUUCCUCUGCCUUUAGAUACUACUCUGGAGGUGUGUACAGCUCCAUCAGAUGCUCCAGAACCAAAAUGAACCACGCAGUGCUUGUGACUGGAUUUGGCACCUACAACGGAGCCGAUUACUACCUUGUCAAGAACAGUUGGAGCAAGGGAUGGGGAGUUGGAGGCUACAUCAUGAUGUCCAGAAACUCAUACAAUCAGUGUGGAAUAUCGACCGAUGCUUCCUACCCCAGCCUCUGA